AUGGAUAGCAAGCAAAAGCUACCUCAACUUGCACAAGACCUUAUUGCUGGCACAUUUGGAGGCUGGGCCCAAGUGCUUGUUGGCCAGCCCUUGGAUACACUCAAAGUGCGGCUACAAACACAACCCUCUCCACCCAUCUACAAAAACGCAACAGAUUGCUUUCGGCAGCUGGUCAAACACGAGGGGCCCAAAGGACUGUAUCGAGGUGUAGCACCACCAUUAGCAGGCAUUGGCUUCUGUAAUGCUGUCAUGUUCAUGUCCAAUGGCUAUUUCAGACGUUUGUUGCAAAAAGAUGGCAGUAAGCCAUUGACAAUUUUGGAAAUAGGUGUUGCUGGAUCAAUGGCUGGAUCAGUCAUGUCGUUUUUGAAUUGUCCUAUUGAGUUACUCAAGGUGAAGCUGCAGACACAAGAUCCAAAAGGUGUGAUCAAUAUGCAUGGAAAAUUAGAGGCGCCAUAUAAAGGUGUCAUUGAUUGUGGAAUUAGGAGUGUUCGAUCACAAGGGUUGUUGGCUAUCUAUCGUGGCAUGGGAAUGACUCUUCUAAGAGAUGCUCCUGGCACAUUUGCUUAUUUUGUUUGCUACGAGAGCUUAAAAAGAGUAUUCCAGUCCAUGCGAGGCAACGGAGAGCUGAGGACGAUUGAUCUGCUGAUGGCUGGUGGCUUCUCAGGAUUCGCUGCCUGGUUACCAUCAUACCCUCAAGAUGUCAUCAAAAGCUGUUAUCAAAACGAUUCCAGAUUCAAAUCAUACCGUCAAGCAUUCAGAGAUAUAUUACGGACAAAGGGGCCAAAGGGCUUCAUCAAUGGCAUCAGCCCUGCCAUGAUAAGAGCAUUUCCUGCCAAUGCGGCCACUUUCUUUGCGUACGAAAUGGCCAUGAAAGCAAUGGAAUAA